CGUUUGUGCGAACAGUGGUGCAUCCCUGUGUGUUUUGUUUGUUUGUGCAUGUGCCUUAGUGUGGUUUGUGUGCUGGUAGUAGCUGUGAACUGUUUGAAGAUCCCUUUUAGUAGUUAGCCGUUACUAGUGCUCACCCCCUAGAAGAUCCUAGGUGUUUUUUCAUCACUUGCUUUCGUUGGCCGUUUUCGCCUGAACCACCAGUUCGUGAAACUCACGCAGAUCACACCUCAAGAUGCGUUCGUUCACCGUUGUUGCCGUGCUGGCGCUCAGCUUCUGCUACGCCCAGGCCGCCGACGAGCCUGCCUCCAAGGAAUCUGCCGCCGUCGCUGCCGAGGGUGGAAAGACCUACAAGCGACUCAUCCCUGCUGACGUUCUGCGAGAUUUCCCCGGAAUGUGCUUUGCUUCGACCAAGUGUGCCACGUUCGAGCCGGGCCAGUCCUGGGAUCUGACUCCGUUCUGCGGUCGCUCCACCUGCGUCCUGUCUGACGAUGCCCAGCCACGCCUGCUCGAGCUGGUAGAGGACUGUGGACCACUGCCACUGGCCAACGACAAGUGCAAGCUGGACACCGAGAAGACGAACAAGACGGCUCCAUUCCCGUCGUGCUGUCCUUCCUUCACCUGCGAACCGGGCGCAAAACUGGAGUACCCGGAAAUUAAGACUACGCCCGAAUCGGCCUCAGAGCAGCCAGCCAAGAACUAAGCACUGAGCGUCGCGUGUGAGUGUGUGUGCGAGUGUGGUACUGUUUGCGUUAUGUGCAAUCAGGCCACCGGCAAACAAGCAAAGCAUCUUAAUCUACGCCCCUUACGAACGGCACGUGAGCGGUGAAAAGGUCCUAUCCUAAGAAUAGAACAAAACAUAAAAAAGAAUGCCUCAAAAUAACAUAACCACACAAAACAAAAAAAAAAACCCCAACCCAUUACCCUAAAGUCCGACAAGUCGUGCAAGACUACUCUUCUGACCUUUCUUUCAAUAUGAUUUCCUUUUCGUUUGUCAUUAGCUAUCGUUUACAUGCUUCCAAUGUCUCCAGACAAACUCUCUUUCAAUGGAAAGGCUUUUCUAAUAGCAAAAAGGUAGCGGCAUACUUCCUCAAUGAUCCCCUCGACAGUAACAGCAAGCAGUAUAUGAACAAUUAGUCAAGUUUGUGAUAUUAGAAGUAUAUAUUUAUCUGGAGAGGAAACGCAAAAGCAAACAGCAAACAGCCACAUCCGAGUACACCAGAAACCUGUCCACAAUGUGUCCUACGCGGACGUCAGAAACCAGUAGGCAGUAGGUUAAUGGGAGAAAAUCCUAGUAAGGAUUGUACACUGCAUGACAAACAGUGCACUGGUAUACUGCGUUCGGUUCGUAUCGUUUGACACCGCAACCAUUCCACCGAGAACAUUCCGACCCCGAAACAGGUUUCUUCGCAUCUCCUCCAUCCAUUCAUCUACUUCCGGUGCAGACGAUCAUUUUGUAUUGCGCAAUGCCUAGAUACUGUUUUAAGUUUUGUAAUUUUGUUUUUUCGAACAAUCUUUUCAAAUAAAAUUCAAUUCAGUACUGAAUUAAUAACGUAAUCCA